AUGAGCAGUGGCGCUGUGGAUGAGGUGCUUGUGGAGGCGGAAUGCUUAGAGGAUUUCGAGGAUCGCGGCUUCAGUGGUUCUUCGCUGAGUUGCACGUUCAAAAACGCUGCGAGAGGUUACCGUGUUUCGGGAUCACCUGCCAUUGCCUACGGUCUCGACAAGAAGACCUCCGGCGAGCGUAAGGUCUUGAUCUUCGGCUUGGGCGAUGGUACCUUUAAUGUCUCUCUCCUUACCAUUGAGAAGGAUAUCUUCGAGGUCAAGUAG